CACUACCAAAGAGAAAUUCAAAAUUAUUUCAUGCUAUCGCACGAUUUCCCGAUUCAAGAAGUCGGCUUAAAACGCCGCGAACGAAUUACAAACUGAGGGCAAACAAGGGCCUAGGAAGAGGUUUGCUGGACGUUGAUCAUAGAUAAUACAAAAUAGAGUGCUCUUAUGCAGGUUGCUAAGCAACGUACACAAAUGCCACAAAAGAAAGCAAAAGGCGAAUUAUUAAAGUUUUGUAAUGGCUGAUGAGUUGCAAAAAGCACAUUUAUAUUAUGACAACAUCAAUAAGAUAAGAAUAUUAGAGCAAGAUGUUCUUAAGGACACUGAAGAUCUGAGGGAUACAUGUAGAGAAUAUGAAACCAAGGUGAAGGAUUUUGGAAAAAUAAUAAGUACAUUAUUAGAAACGCUUAAAGAGCUGGGAGAGAACGUAGAGAAACAGAAAAUGGCAGCUAUAGGAACUAUGAACCUCUUGAAGUCCAUAACAAAGCAGAGAGAAAACGAUCAGGCUAAAUUACAGAGUGAGAUAAGUGAAAGGUCCAUGGUUUUAGAACAGCUGGAUGCAGAAUAUGAUUCUUUGCAAAUAUUAGAAGCAAGUCAAACGGAAACCAUAGAAUAUCUGACGUCACUUCGAUAGUUCAUUUACAACCAUCAUUGACAUUUCUAGGACUUAUCCCAGUAUUAGAUUAAAAAUAUUUUACACAUUAAAUUGUUUCACAAAUAAGCUUAAACCGAUUGUACUAACAUAGUUUAUUACCUGUCACCUAAAGCGAUAAAUCCGUUUAAAGAAAACCAUUUUAGUCAGUAAAAAUGUAAUUUUCAUUGAAACACACCAAAUAAAAACAUUUCUAUAAUGAAACCAGUUUUGCAGACAACCAAACCUAGACUGGACUAUUUUUUAAGAAUAUUAGCAUUUAAGUUUAACCAUGAUUUCCAACGAUUUAUUUAUUUUUUCCCAGAAGUUGACUAAAAAUCAGAGAAAUACAAUU